AUGAGGCCGGUCCGAGGAUAUGGCCUCAUCAGCGCAGUACUCCUCUCGUUCUGCGCGUCAGCAGUGGGCAGCGGCAGCUCGGUGACGGACGAGUUCACGUUCAGCUGCGUUCCCUUGACGAGGCAGUUGUCGGAUCCGAUAAUAUCGCCCGGGGUGCGGUCGGCGCAUACACACAUCGUCGCGGGGGGAACGGCAUUCCAGCGAACCAUGACGAUCGACACCGCAAAGAAUGCCAACGAAACCACCUGCGGAGUGGAGAUCGACAAGAGCAAUUACUGGAUCCCCCAACUUUACCAUCGCAUGAGGAACGGAUCGUUUGAGUUGAUUGAAUUCGGGGGAAACACCAUCUAUUAUUUCGACCGAGUGUGCAGUUAUUCUGCGGGAGCAACGUCGUGCGAUGGUCAGAACUCUUCAUCAGCACCGCCUGCUGGGCUCCGCAUGACUGCUGGCAACCCGUUUCUUCGGACAUAUAAUUCUUCGGACUUUGCGCAGCGCGCAGUUUCGCACAUGUGUAUGACUGGAGAUGGUGGUUCCAACGAAACCAAACAUCUUCCACGUCAACCCUGCGACAAGUUAAGAUCUCAGGUCUUCCUGCCGUCUUGCUGGGAUGGGAAAAAUUUGGACAGCCCUGACCACAGGAGCCAUAUGGCGUACCCUGCAGUUGGAGAGUAUAACAAGGGCGUAUGUCCAAGAUCUCACCCGGUGGCGAUAUAUUCAAUCUUCUUGGAAUUUUUCUUCAACACGCAGCCGUUCCCCGAUUUUGAGAAUUGGGUAUACGCAAUGGGCGACCCGACGGGAUACGGGCUUCAUGGGGAUUUCAUCAACGGCUGGACUUCCCAAGAUGCCCUACAGAAAGCUGUAGCAACAUGUACGAGCGUGCAAGGUCUCAAUGAUCCAAACUGCUCGAUCACAGCGACACAAAAAAGGCCAUUGACGCCGCUCGAGCAGAUUUUGGAGGUACCUGAGGCUGGGGACGAGUUGGGGCAACAUGGUCCUCUGGCUAAAUUGCCCGGCGACAAUCCCGUGACUGGGGAUCCCGAAAACGGAUGGAUCUGAUCGAGCCGAUAUUCCGGAUAUGUUCUUGUAUAUAAUUUUUGCAAUAGUGAAUAUAUUGUAAUGGCCCCGUGCCCAUGGAGGGUGGAUGAUGACUUGUGAGCCGAGUUUUCGGCAUGGCAUGACAAGAGCAGAUUGAUGAGUCAAUACUCGGAUCAGCUCAUGAGUACCCCAUACCUUUCCUCCACCAAUGCCAAACGCCGCGUUGCUGCAUGGCACCGCCGAAUU